CCCGGCUCCGCCUCCCCCGCUCCGCCGGCGCUGGGAGCUCCCUUCGCCUGUUUGCCCUUAUUUAAUUUCGAGUGUGAUUUUGCUAUUUUUAGCAGCUGGAUCCCCUCCAAUCCGCAGUCGCCGCGGGCGGGGGGUCCCUUCGCUCCGCAACGCAGACCCGCCGGGAAAAACAAAACCAUCGAACCGCCCCCAAAACCCACCCCGAGCACCCGGCUCCGGGAUCAAGCUGACUACGAUGAGUGAAUCCAGCGCCAAAUCUAGCCAGCCCCUGGCCUCCAAAGGGGAGAAAGACGUGUCGGAGAAGAGGGGCCGAGGGCGGCCUAGGAAGAAGCCGCAGCAGGAGCCCAGUGAGGCCCCGACCCCCAAGAGACCCCGUGGACGGCCAAAGGGCAGUAAAAACAAGGCCACCCCAAAGGGCAGGAAAGCUGCAGUCACACCAGGGAGGAAACCUCGAGGGAGACCCAAAAAAUCGCAGCAGGACGAGGAGGAGGUGAACAUUUCCCAGGAGUCAUCUGAGGAGGAGCAGUGACACCUCCCAAACCGGCGCUACCUCAUCGCCCGACGGCCCCGAAGCGGCCGGGGGAGAGGGAUGGGGAGAGACCCACUAUGCCGCCCUGGCUUCCUCCUCCUCCUCCCUCCUCCGCUCCCUCCUCACCCUCAGACAACGGCAGCACUGGAAAAUGGCCCAACCCGGGCGGCCCCCGCAGCCCCUGCCCGGGGGGCCCCCGCCCCAGCUCCCCCUCCCCAGCCCUGGGGUUUGGGGCAGCCCCACUGGAAAGGGGGAUCGUGGCAGAGAGCCGGGGCUGGCACCCCCCACCUUCGCUGCCCCCCAUGCAGUGAUCUCGCCCUGCCAAAGCGGGUGCUGGCUGCCCCCCCAGCACUGGGCUCUGCCCUGGGGCCUCUGCAGGGAACAGAUGAGGGGGCAGGGAAGGUGAGACCCCCCCCAAAUGCAUUAGAUCUUUGCUCUGGCCCGCUGCUUACCCUGGGCAACCCCCCCAUGUCCCCCCAGUCCUGGGCGACUGCACUGUGUGCGGGAGCAGCUCCUGUGGUGCUGCUGGGGCCCCGUGCCCAUCCCGGGGUGCCCAUCCCGGGGUGCCCAUCCCGGGGUGCCCAUCCCGGGGUGUCAGUCCCCAGGGGUGUCAGUCCCCAGGGGUGCCCAAGCACGGCUGGCUCCAGGCAGCCCUUUCCUCAUAGGUUCUGGUAUAUAUAUAUUUUUUUUUUGUUUAGUACUUUUUUUCCUUUCAUUCACAACUACCUCUGGAUAUUUAAGUUCCACUCUCUGAACUCACAGACGUGCUGCUGCGCUGCCGGGGCACCGUGGGCUCGGUGGUUCCUGUUUUUGGGGUGUUGCUGGGGGCUGUGGGGUAUUUUUUUUUUCCCCUUUUUUUUGGGCUUCAUUUUUCUUUUUUUUUAAUUGUUAUUUUGAGGUCUAGUUUGCUCUGCUGCUUCAAGGGAUCGAGGCUGGCAGGGCAGAGGGGUGGGGGGACCAUGGGAUGCUCCCCCUGCCCCUCUGCUCCGGCACGACGGCUGCAGCGGGAACGGAGGUCGGUGCUGGGCAGCCCCGGCGGGAGAGAAUCGGGGUUUGGUUUGGGGUUUUUUUUGGUUCACUGUUAACGACCUUUUGGGUUCCUAUUUGCAGUUACUUGAAUAAAACAUUUUAUGGAAGUUUGUGAUGCCUGUCCUGGGUCCCGGAGGGGUUGGGCAGGGGUGGCUUCUCCAAGGGCAUCUCCUCCACAGGGACAUCCCUGCUGGUGAUGGCCACCAUCCAUCCACGGG